AUGAAGACUUUCAUCGCACUCAUGGCCCUGCCACUGGCCUUGGCUGCAUCUCUCAAGUCGGUCGUUGUCACUUUCCCUAAGGGAACGCCUGAUUCAGUGAUCACCCAGGCUAAACACUCUCUGGUGGCUUCAGGGGGUGUGAUCACUCAUGAAUACAGUCUAAUCAAUGGUUUCGCCGCCGAGGCUCCCGACAGUGCACUCCACACUCUCUCCACCCAGGAUACCAAAUACCAACCAGAAAUUGAAGAAGAUAAGAUUGUCAAUGCAAAUGGAGAGUAUGCCGCUGCAUUCUAA